GGCAGCUUCUUGUUCAGAAAUGAGGAGCUUGAGAGUAUCCUUUCCCUUUUCUAUGGUAUGCAUUGUCCUCUUAUUCCUUAUUAUGCAGCUAAGCUUCAAAGCUCCAUCCGUUGAUGUUGCCAGUGCCACAACCGCUGGUGGGAAUGAGACAGAUCAUCUUGCUUUGCUAAAAUUCAAAGCAAAGAUUGUGCAUGACCCUCAAAAUGCCACUAGUUCAUGGAACGAUUCUGCCCAUUUCUGCAACUGGGAAGGAGUCACAUGUGGUAGGAAACACAAAAGAGUCACUAUCUUGGACCUUAAUUCUAAAGGCUUGGUGGGUACUUUGUCUCCUUACGUAGGAAACAUGAGUUUUCUUAGGGAGAUUAACCUCUAUAACAACAGCUUACAAGGUGAAAUCCCUUCUGAACUAGGCCGUUUGUUCAGGUUGCAAGUUUUAUAUCUCAACAACAACUCUUUUGAAGGGAAAAUCCCGUCCAACUUGUCUGAAUGCUCCAACAUCAUGUUACUUGGGUUAGCUUACAACAAGCUGGUUGGAAAUAUCCCAGUGGAGCUGGUCACUCUGUCCAAGCUCAGAAAAAUUUUAAUUCAUUUUAAUUAUUUGAGCAAUGGCAUACCUCCAUUUCUGGGAAAUUUUAGCUUACUAGAAGUUUUGUCUGCCGGUGGCAAUUUCUUUGGUGGAAGUAUCCCAGAUUCCUUGGGCCAACUCAAGUACUUGUCAGCUAUUGCACUUGGCAGCAAUAAUCUCUCAGGUAUCAUCCCUCCAGCCAUUUAUAAUAUUUCCUCCAUCACCCUCUUGAGUGUGGCUAAUAAUUCGCUUCAUGGAAGUCUUCCACCAAAUAUAGGCCUCCUCCUGCCUCAUUUGCAGAAGUUGCAAAUGUGGGGAAACCACUUUACUGGAUCCAUUCCAGUGUCAUUAUCAAAUGCCUCAGAACUGUUAUACAUUGCUUUACUAGAUAAUAAUUUCACUGGAAAAUUAGAUGUUGAUUUUGGAGGACUGCAAAGACUUGGUGAAUUGAAUUUGCACGGUAAUCAUCUUGGAAGCAGAGGCGAUAACAGUUUGGAUUUUAUCAUUUCUUUGCUGAAUUGUAGCAAUUUGAAAUUGGUUGAGAUUGCUAGCAAUCAGUUUCAAGGAGUGUUGCCAAAUUUUGUGGCCAAUAAUAUAUCUACACCAAUUGAAUGGCUAGCAAUGGAGUACAAUCAAAUAGGUGGACGCCUCCCUCCAUGGUUAUCAAUGCUUGUUAGCUUAUCGCAUCUGGAUAUAGGAUUUAACCAAAUUACAGGCACUAUUCCCAUGGAAAUAGGUAGCCUCUCAAGACUACAACGAUUAUAUCUUGACAGUAACAGAUUAACUGGACCAAUUCCUCCAUCCAUAGGAAACUUAUCAUUGAUGGAGCUUUAUUUGAGCAAAAACCAUUUACGAGGUGCCAUCCCUUCCAGCCUUGAUAAUAGCCACACCUUAUUAUUUUUAAUGCUUUCUCAUAACAACCUUAAUGGGACCAUACCAAAACAACUUUUUGCUACCCAAUCCAUGCUAGUUUCCUUAGCACUAGAUCAGAAUCAUUUAGUUGGAUCCCUCCCGUUAGAAAUUGGUAAUUCAUUCAAUUUGAAUGAAUUGGAUAUUUCCCAAAACUUGUUGUCAGGCAAAAUUCCAAUUGAUAUUGGCCGAUGCAAUAGCCUUUUGACCCUUUACAUGCACCAUAACAACUUUGAAGGUACCAUACCUCUAUCUUUUGCUUCUUUGAGAAGUCUUGAAAAAAUUGAUCUAUCUCACAACAAUUUCUCUGGUGAGAUUCCAAAAUAUCUAGAGAAAUUUAGAUUGGAAUAUAUCAAUUUGUCAUUCAAUAAUUUUGAAGGUGAGGUUCCCAUCAAAGGAGUUUUUGCAAACUUUAGUGCAAUAUCAAUUGUAGGAAACAAUAGGCUUUGUGGGGGUAUAUCAGAACUACAGUUGCCAAGAUGCCCUGCUGAAGGAUCAAAAAGAAGAAAAUUCCAUCUUGUCAAUCUAGUUGUGAUCAUCAUGUCAUGCAUCUUUGGCAUAAGCAUGCUGUCAACUGCCAUGUAUUGUUGGUUCAAGAAGAAGAAAAGAGGGCAUUCUCCUGCUUCGCUACAAAUGAAGUCAUUUCAGAAAAUUUCGUAUCAAAUGAUUCUCAAGGCAACAGAUGGAUUCUCUGCAACAAAAUUGAUUGGUGUGGGAAGCUUUGGAUCUGUCUAUCAAGGCUCUUUUGCAGAGGAUGGGGUAACCUUUGCAGUGAAAGUACUCAACCUUCAACAACGAGGUGCUUCAAAGAGUUUUAUGGCCGAGUGCAAAGCCUUGAGAAUUGUACGUCAUCGAAAUCUUGUCAAGAUAAUAACAUCUUGUUCAAGUAUUGAUUUCCAAGGAAAUGACUUCAAGGCACUUGUUUAUGAGUAUAUGCCAAAUGGAAAUCUAAACAAGUGGCUACAUCCAGAUCAUUUAGAAAUUGAUGAACAACCAAGUCUAAGCCUUCUGCAGAGGUUGAACAUUGCUAUAGAUGUUGGGAAUGCGCUGGAUUAUCUUCAUCACCAUUGUCCAAAGCCAAUCAUUCAUUGUGAUCUAAAGCCAAGCAAUAUUCUUCUUGAUAAUGAUAUGGUUGCUCAUGUUGGAGAUUUUGGACUUGCAAAGUUUCUCCCUCAACUCAUUAAUCCAACUCAGAGCAGCUCAAUUGGAGUUAGAGGAACAAUAGGCUACACAGCUCCAGAGUACGGAUUAGGAAGCGAGGUAUCAACAAGUGGAGAUGUUUAUAGCUAUGGAAUCCUAUUAUUGGAAAUGGUGACAGGAAAAAAACCAACUGAUGAUAUUUUUGUGGAAGGUCUUAACCUUCACAACUUUGCGAAAAUGGCAUUGCCCAACCAAAUGUUGGAGACCAUAGACUCAAUUCUUUUACAAGAAGAUGGAGGAGUGAUUAACAGGGCUUCAAAGAGUUUUAUGGCCGAGUGUGAAACCUUGAAAAAUGUUCGUCAUCGAAAUCUUUUGAAGAUCAUAACUUCUUGUUCAAGUAUUGAUUUUCAAGGAAAUGAGUUUAAGGCACUUAUUUAUGAAUACAUGCCAAAUGGGAACCUAGAGAAAUGGUUGCAUCUAACUUCAAAAAUAGGUGUUAUGCCAAUUGAUGAUCAUUACAGUCUAAGCCUUUUCCAAAGAAUAGACAUUGCCAUCGAUGUUGCCAAUGCGCUAGAUUAUCUCCACCACCACUGCCAUAAACCGAUUGUUCAUUGUGAUCUAAAGCCAAGUAAUAUUCUUCUUGAUGAAGACAUGGUUGCUCGUGUUGGAGAUUUUGGACUAGCAAAGUUUCUCCAUCAACCACCUGAGGGUAGCUCACUGGGAGUGAGAGGAACAAUAGGCUAUACAGCUCCAGAAUAUGGUUUAGGAAGUGAGGUGUCAACUAGCGGAGAUGUCUAUAGUUUUGGGAUCCUAUUGCUGGAGAUGAUGACAAGAAAGAAGCCCACCAAUGACAAUUUUGGGGAAGGUCAUAACCUUCAUAACUUUUGCAAAAUGGCAUUUCCUGAUCAAGUGUUAGAGAUUGUAGAUCCAAUUCUUCUACAAGAAGAUGAAGCUAGAGCAAAUAAUGAGCAAGGUUCAGCCCAAUCAGCAAGAAUUGAUAACAGAAGUGAAUGUCUAAUUUCUAUGAUCAAGACUGGAAUAGCAUGCUCCAUGGAAGCUCCUCAAGAUAGAAUGGGCAUAAGUGAUGCACUCAACAACUUACAUUCAAUCAGAAAGAAUUACAUUCGAACUACAACAUAUUGAUGCCCUUCAUUCAUUGAAGUGCCUCAAGUUCACAAGCUUUGCAAGUAGUCGAUAACAGCUUGCUUUAUGUUGUAACUCCAAAAGGUUGCAUUAUAUGUAGGCACGUAUGCUCUUUCUUUUUUUCAACAUUAUUAUUAUGGGUAUGGUAAGAAAUGUUGAAUAUACAUAAUUUGUAAUUAUGGUUUUUUCAUAAUCAUAUCUAUACAAAUAUUAUAAAACUGAACCUUAGAAAAAGUUAGCACAAUAUUGUCAAGCGACAGUAUUUUUUUUUUUUUCCCAAAUGGCAUCUUAAUUAUAUGGAGAAAACAGAUUCUCCAACGCCAUUCUAGUGACUCAUUCCUCUGCUAUCGUUCUCUCUUACUUUCUUUUUCCUUCUGUUUUAAUCUUUCUCUUCUCUUUCUUAACAGUUCUUUAAUUAAGUAUAAAUCCUCCCACUCUUUCAACAUACAAAUCUGCUACGGUUUUUAUUAUGAUUCUCUUCUACUCUUUGCUUUCCUUCAGUUUCAACCUUUCUCUUCUCUUUCCUAAUGGUCCACCGUUUCAACUUUCAUCUGUUACAAAUUAUGUUAUCAUUAUUGGGGAUAAACUCCAUUGUUAUAGUUAUGAAACCCAUAAAAUGGGAGAUAUUCGCAGAUAUUGAUUACUUAGUAGGCGAGUCAAGAGCAGUGUUGGAAGCCUGCAAGUAGCUCGACAUGGGAGCUAUGUCAGCAGUCGUAGAAUCGGACUCUGCAAUAGUAAUCUCAGCUCUCAAAAAUACUUCUUAGGAAGUUGACUUGGAAAUCCAAGCUUCGAUCCUUUCAAUCCGAGCUCUAGCCACGUCCUUUAUCUCUGUCCCAGGUGAAACAAACGGCUAACAAAGUGGCAGAUAGCUUAGCUAAGUUGCAUAUGCAAGACAGGCUUCUUUUAAGAAGUAAAAUUGAAAAAUAAACUCUUCUAUGUUUCAGAUAAUAAUUUUUUUCUUUUAUCAUUUUAACAAUUUAUUUUCAAAAUAUAAAAUCAUUUAAAAAAUAUUAUUAAUAAAAUCGAAUGAAAUUCUAUUAUAAAAACUGUUUCAAACAGAUGAGCAUACAAGUCUCAUGGAACCUUUACUUGGCAAUUAAUCCUCAUGGGCUGGCUGGAAUAUGCAUGCAAUGGGCCGGCUAAAGCAGAAUAGUCUCACUGAAACUGAGUCCCAGAGCUUUAUUUAAAUGCUCGUUCUCCUCACUGUUAUGGAUUUUCUUGCAGGAAGGACUUACAAGUUCUUUUUUUUUUUUUUUAAGUGGUCUGGCAAUGGGCUGCAGUUUCAUCAAAUAUUAAUCGGAAAAAUAAUUUCAGAAAUCUGUGGCUUUACAAAAUGUGUGACUUCACAAUAAGUGCAGGAGCUACUCAACUUAGAUGAGGAGUGUUGGGUUGUUCAAGUUUGAUUAAAAUAAAAUGAAGUGUGGGCUAUGGUAUUUAUUGUAAA